AUGCCUAUGUUAAAGGAUCCUUCUACCAAGUAUAAGCCAUUUCCUCCAGUCAACUUACCCAACCGUCAGUGGCCAAGUAAGUGCCUUGAGAAGGCCCCUCGUUGGUUAUCGACCGAUUUGAGAGAUGGGAAUCAAUCAUUACCUGAUCCCAUGUCGAUUGCUGAAAAAAAGACCUACUUUAACAAGUUGGUUGAAAUUGGUUUCAAGGAAAUCGAAGUUGCCUUCCCGGCAGCUUCUCAAAUUGAUUUUGACUUCACUAGAUACGCAAUUGAAAAUGCUCCUCCCGAUGUUUCCAUACAAGUUUUAAGUCCUUGUCGGGAAGAUUUGAUCAAAAGAACCGUUGAAGCAGUGAAAGGGGCUAAAAGGGCAACCAUUCAUAUCUAUUUAGCCACUUCAGAUUGUUUCCGUAACGUUGUUUUCAAUAUGACUAAACAACAAUCUUUAGAAUUGGCAGUUAAAUGUACUAAACUAGUUAGAUCAUUAACUAAAGACGUCGACUCAAAUACCGACUGGGAUUUCGAGUUCAGUCCUGAAACUUUUUCCGAUACCGACUUGGAAUUUUCGGUGGAAAUUUGUGAAGCAGUUAAGGCCGCUUGGGAACCUUCUGAAGCAAAACCAAUCAUUUUCAACUUACCGGCAACGGUGGAAAUGGCCACUCCAAACGUUUACGCCGAUCAAAUCGAAUACUUCAGUACCAACAUAUCCCACCGUGAUCAAGUCUGUAUUUCCUUACAUCCUCAUAAUGACCGUGGAUGUGCAGUGGCUGCCGCUGAACUAGGUCAAAUGGCCGGGGCUGAUCGUAUUGAAGGUUGUUUAUUCGGUAAUGGAGAACGUACCGGGAACGUCGAUUUGGUCACUUUGGCUCUUAAUCUUUAUACCCAAGGUUAUACUCCAAAUCUUGAUUUUUCAGAUAUCAAUUCGGUUAUUGAUGUCGUUGAAAAAUCAAAUAAAAUCCCUAUCCAUGCAAGAGCACCUUACGGUGGUUCUCUUGUUGUUUGUGCAUUUUCUGGUUCUCAUCAAGAUGCUAUUAAGAAAGGUUUUAAUAACCGCCAAGUUAAAAAUGAACAAUUUUGGAAAUUACCCUACUUACCCUUGGAUCCAGAAGAUAUCGGUCGUACUUAUGAAGCAAUCAUUAGAGUUAAUUCUCAAUCCGGUAAAGGUGGUUCUGCUUGGGUCAUCUUACGUAACUUGGAAUUAGAUUUACCUCGUGGUCUACAAGUUGAAUUUUCAAAAGUUGUCCAAAAUCAAGCUGAAAUUAAAGGUCAAGAAUUGUCAAAUCAAGAAUUAUGUAAUCUUUUCAAAAAUGAAUACUUCAUUGAUACUCCCGAUAAAGAAUAUUAUAAAUUGGUUGAUUAUUCAAUUUCAAAUUCUUCCAGUGGGGAAAGAACUAUCAACUUCCAGUUACUCAUUGAUAAUAAACCAGUCGAAAUCUCCGGUAAAGGUAAUGGGGCAAUCUCCUCCUUUGUUAAUGGUAUUAAAAACUCUUUGGGUAUAUCUUUAGAUGUUAGACACUAUCAUGAACAUUCUUUAGGUAAAGCAAGUGACUCAAAAGCCGUCACCUAUAUCGAUACAGAGGUCAAUGGUGAAUACAUUAGAUGGGGGGUUGGUAUCCACGAAGAUGUAACUCAAGCUUCCUUCUUAUCAAUUAUUUCAAUCUUAAACGGUAUAAGAAGAAAAUGAUUUGAUUUUCGCACUCUUAAAGAUUUGAUACUUCCAAAAAAAAAAACAGAAAUAGGUCAAUAAAAUCUUGUAAUUUAUAGUCAUUUCAAUUUUUAAUAAACGUC